AUGGCUAGUGAGCCGAGUAAUUGGCUUGUCGAAAACGAUGAGCUAGGCUUGAAGAAUAUCGAUCUGAUGUCUUAUCUUGCCUCUGACUUCGAUCCUCAUGCGGUGCAGAUGCGCCUUGCUUUGUACAACGAACAAACAUAUUCGGAUCGAGACAGAAUUCGGGUUGCAGGGAAAUACUACAAUAACAUACAAUUGGGUAAACGUAUGUUCGGGCCCAGCAAAAAACAGAAAUUCAUUUGUAGUAUCACUGGAGGCAUGGAGAGAAGAGUAGUGCUGCAUUACCCACCUAAUAACGAGAACGACUUCAUUCAUGCAAACUAUGUCUGUGGUGGUCCUUUAUUCAACAAGUUUAUCGUUACACAGGCCCCCAUGGAGAACACUGUUGACGAUUUCUGGCGAUGGUUUGGCAAGAAAAAGCGUCAUAUAUCUUCAAUGCUCAUUGGGAGAAAGGUUAAGGAUCGAUGUGCUGAAUACUGGCCCCGUCGACCUGAAUCGAAUUCAAUAGAUGUCUGUGGAUUGCAUAUUCAUAACGUAGGGAUUUCGUCCACCCGCGAUCCUGUGUUCCGUGUAACGUACCUUCGAAUAUUGAAUGAUUCCGGUGAAGAGGUUCGUAACGGCUGUAACAAUAGGCUCGUCUACGAGUGA